AUGGCUGAGCAGGGGAAUAUGGAGUUAUUGAACGAAAUGAAUGUAGAUCAACUCCGUGAGGAAGUAACUAGAUUGCAUCAAUUGAAUGUAGCACAAAAUAAUCAAUUAGAUGUUUUAAGACAACAAAUUGCCAAUAAUAAUGGAAAUGGUGGCAAUAAUGUCGUUCAGGCUUUAAUUGAUGGAUUACGAUCUCUUAAUAUAAAUAAUCAAAGAAAACAGAAUAAUUCGAAUACGAAUAAUAAUGAAAAUAAAAAUCAAUUAAAAUCUAAUAAACAUGAACAAAAUAGAACAUCAGUAAAUUGUCAUCAAGUAGAUGGUAUAAUACAAUGGCCAAAUGUUUCCCUACACAAGUGUAAUAAUUGCGCGGGGCCCUCGCCUUCGUCGAGAUUGAUGGAAAAUCGAGUCGCUAUACAACUACCGGAUACUAGAAUACCCCCUCCCUCAUUGGGCUCUGAACGUUUUGGAUUGUCUCAUAAAGAUCUUGAUAAAGAGAAUGAUAUUAAUGGAAAUAAAAAAUUAUCGCGAAUUCCUCUCUGUCCUCGAAUUAUUCUUACAAUUUUUUCUGUGCCUAUUCCGGCUUUGAUCGAUACCGGUAGUCAAAUUUCUGCGAUUUCGGAGAAUUUUUAUCAGUAUUUGUCUUUGCACGGUAAACUAACGGAACUUCCUGUGUCAAAUUUGUCAUUGUUUACGGCUAUUGUGCCAAAGGAUAUUAUCAGAUUUGAUAAGAUACCUUAUGAAAGUUUAACUCUCUCGGAAUUUCAAGAUGGAAUUAAAUAUAUUCAAACAAUUGGUAUAGAAAGCAACAUUCAACUAAAUAACAAUUUUAAAAAGCAGGGGAAUAAUUGUUUAAUAAAUGAUAGUGUUGAGAUAGAUUUUGAAGGUUGUUUGGAAAAUUUAUUUUGUUUGAAUGAUUCAGAUCUUUAUGAGAAUAGAGAGAUGUUUAUUUUUCGAAAGGAACCGGAGGAACAAAAGGAUUCGAAUAAUUUUAUUGAGGGUUUACGAUCUAUUAUUGACUCAGUUUCUCAUUUGAGCGAAGAGGAAAAAAAAGUUUUUAUAGAGAGAAUGUCGAGAUUUGAAAAAUUAUUUACUCCGAAAUAUGAGAGCGCUGAUACUUUUGAGUACGAAUUAAAAAUAAAGCCGCAUAAAACGUAUAUUCGAAAAAGUUAUCCGAUUCCGUGGAAACAUCGUGAGCCUGUAGGAAAGCAAAUGCAAAAAAUGCUUGACCUUAAAAUAAUUGAAAGAGCAGAUUGUUCGUAUUGCAGUCCCCUUAGAAUUGUUAUAAAAGAUGACGGUACCGUACGAAUAUGUCUCGAUGCUCGCUUCAUUAAUGAGAUAAUUGAAGAUGAUCAUGAGUCACCCCCUUUGAUUAAUGAACUGUUACAGAAAUAUUAUGGUGUUACAUUUAUUUCGACUACUGAUCUUGCAACCGGAUAUUGGCAGAUACCCCUGCAUCCCAAUAGCCGGAAAUAUACAGCUUUUGUUUACGACUCGAAGGAAAAAAAUCCUUGGGAAUGGACCAGUCAACAUGACGAAGCUUUUAAAAUAAUGAAACUUGCUUUUGUAAAUAGUGUGAAACUUAGUCAUCAUAUACCAAAUUCUAUGUAUAAAUUGCAAACCGAUGCGUCAGAUAUAGGAAUAAGUGGAGUUUUAUACCAAUUUGAUCACGAAAAUAAUCCUCGAAUAGUCUCUCUCGUUAGUAGGUGUUUGAAUUCGGCGGAAGUAAAUUAUACGACGACCGAAAAGGAGCUUUUGGCGAUCGUUUACUCUAUAACGAAAUUACGAACUUAUUUACUGGGUGAGAAAUUCGAGGUUAUUACUGAUCAUAAGGGUCUUACCUUUUUACACACAACCUGCUAUCAAAGUUCACGAUUAAUCCGAUGGUCUAUUAUUUUACAGCAAUAUAAUUAUAAUGUUUCCUAUUGUCAGGGAAAGGAUAAUAUUAUUGCCGAUUUUUUUAGUCGAAACCCCAGGGGUAAAUUCGAGGAUGUCAUGCAAAAUUAUUUAAGUAUCGAUGUUGUAAAUGUAUGUCAUGAUUUUGAUGCUGAAUUCUGUGUAAAUCAAAUCUCUUAUGAUGUUGAUUUGGAGAAUUCAUUAAAAAAUCUGGCAGAUUUGCAGCAUCAAGAUGAAUUUGCUAUGAGUAUUUUUGAUCGAAUAAAGAUUGGCAAAGCUGAAGAGUGUUAUUUGUCGUAUAAUCGUGUUUUGUUUCGGAUGGAUAAGUUUCUUAAAUUGUGUCAAGUUUUCAUUCCUGCUGUUCUUACUAAGAGAUUAAUCGAUUGUGUCCACUCCAAACUUGGACAUCCGGGUGUUUAUAAAACCUUGAUGUAUUUAAAACAAUUUUACUUUUGGAAAGGAAUGGGUAAACAGGUAAAAAAUCAAGUUUUGUCGUGUGAUUUAUGCCAACGAGUAAAGUGCCUGAAUAAAAAAAUGGAGGGGGAAUAUAGAUUGGUGCAAUCAACUGAACCGGGUGAUUUAGUAAGUGUAGAUUUUUUCGGGCCCCUUCCUCGAUCAAUAGGUGGUUUACAAUAUAUUUUUGUAGUCUUAGACGUAUUUUCAAAAUACGUCAAACUUUAUCCUAUUAAAAAAGAAACUACCGAAAUCGUCUUAAAGAAAUUGCGUGAAUCAUACUUUCCCGAGAUGGGUAAACCCAAAAGAAUUUUAGCAGAUCACGGUUCACAAUUUACAUCAAAAAAAUGGAGUAAUUGUCUCAGUAAACUUGAAGUCAAGGUCAUUUUUUCCUCUAUUCGUCAUCCUCAGGGCAAUCCCGUUGAGAGAGUAAUGAGGGAGUUGGGUCGAUUUUUUCGAACGUUAUGUUCUGAGCGUCAUACACGCUGGGAGUGGCGAAUUUAUACAAAUGGCAGAAAGUUUAUAUUCGAAGAGUCUUCCCUAACUUUUAUUGACGGCGAACCAGAGCAACAAUUCGAUCUCCUGAUCAGCGUGCAUCAGAAUAUAAGCUGUGGAGAAGAAUUUUAA